AGCGGUAGAAAUGGCGCAAAGCGGAGAAAUUCACCUGGACCAAGAUAAACUCUGCUGCUCCAUCUGCCUGGAUCUGAUGAAGGAUCCUGCUACUAUUCCCUGUGGACACAGCUACUGCAUGAACUGCAUCAGGAGCCACUGGGACGCAGAGGACCAGAAGAAGGUCCAGAGCUGCCCCCAGUGCAGGCAGACCUUCAGGCCCAGGCCUGUCCUGGUGAAGAACACGGUGCUGGCCUAUCUGAUGGAGGACCUGAAGAAGACCCGCCUGCAGCCGCCUGCAGGAGACGGCUGCGCUGCAGGACCGGAGGAUGUGGCCUGCGAUUUCUGCACCGACCGGAAGCUCCGAGCCGUCAGGUCCUGCCUGCAGUGUCUGGUCUCCUACUGCGAGCAGCACCUGCAGCCGCACUUCCAGUCAUCGGCCUUCGAGAAGCACAAGCUGGUCAAACCGUCACGAAGGCUUCAGGAGAACAUCUGCUCCCAUCACAGCGAGGUGAUGAAGAUCUUCUGCCGCACCGAUCAGCACUGCAUCUGCUACAUGUGCUCCUUAGACGAGCAUAAAGGCCACGACACGGUUUCUGCUGCGACGGAGAGGAUCCAGAAGCAGCGAGAGCUCUGCGGGAACCAGCGGGACAUCCAGCAGAAGAUCGGCAGCACCAAGAAAGGCAUCCUGGUGCUGCAGCAGGAGGUGGAGGCCAUCAAUUGCUCCGCAGAUAAAGCCGUCAGGGACAGCGAGAAGAUUUUUGCAGACUUCAUCUUCGUGGUAGAGAAGAGGAGCUCGGGCGUGAAGCAGCAGAUCAGGUCUAGGCAGAGGAACGAGGUCCGGCAGGUCCGGGAGCUUCAUGAGAAGCUGCAGGAGCAGCUGGUGCAGCUGACCAAGAAGGAGAAGGAGCUGGAGCUGCUGUCCCACAUUGACAACCACAUCCAGUUCCUCCACAGCUACUCCCUGCUCACCCUCCCCCACGAAGGGCCCCACCUCUCCGGCCUCAACGUCCGCCCGCUGCGCUACUUCGAUGACGUCAUGCUCGCCGUGUCAGAGGUCAGGAACAAGCUGCAGGAAGUCCUCCAGAGUGAGUGGACCAAAAUCCUGAUGACCAUGUCCAAAGUGGACGUCUUGCUGUCUCAGCCGCAGCCGGAGACCAGAGCCGAGUUCCUGCAGUACUCCUGCCAGCUCACCAUGGACCCCAACACGGCCAACCCCCGCCUGCUGCUGUCGGAGGGGAACAGGAAGGCUGCGGUGAUGAGAGCCAGGCAGCCGUACCCCCCCCACGCCGAGCGGUUCACCCAGAGGCAGCAGGUCCUGAGCGCCGAGAGCCUCAGCGGCCGCUGCUACUGGGAGACGGAGAAGAAGGCGGCCAGAGCCACAGUGGCCGUCGCCUACCGCGACAUCCAGAGGUCGGGGGGCGAGAGCGGCUUUGGGAACAACGACCGGUCCUGGGCUCUGGAGGAUUCAGCCAAGUUCAUCCACAACAACGUCCGAACCUGCAUCUCCGGACCCGUGUCCGGCAGGGUGGGGGUCUACCUGGACCACAGCGCAGGACUGCUGUCCUUCUACAGCGUCUCCGACACCAUGACGCUUCUCCACAGGGUCCAGACCACCUUCACCCAGCCGCUCUACGCCGGCUUCGCUGUCUACGUUUAUGACGGAUCCCUGGAACUGUGCGACCUUAAAGAGGCGGCCGCAGACGCUCAGAGCGCCGCCAUUGUUCUGUAAAUGAACGACCCACAUGUCGCCGUCACUAUCCGCUUCGUACCGGUAGCACGAUCCGCACCAUCAGCUCAUCUGAGGGACCAGAUAUACAUCCCGGUGAUUUGGGUGUCAAAAACACCUAAAUCUAAAUUCUCCCUCCCCCAAAAAUA